CCUCUCAAGUCGUGUGAAAGAAACAAAACUGCAUCAUGCUGAAGUGUUUGAACAUCCUGAAGAUCAUGCAGCUUCUUCUCUAUGUGCUCAUGUGGUGUCGAGCUGCAGAGACUUUAACAGAUCAGCUAACAGAUUUAGGUCAAAAUGUCACAAUAAACUGUGAUCUUGAUGUAAAUGAGGUUAUUUGGUCAUUGCUGAAACUAGAUUCUCCAGUUCUGAUAUUGCGCACCUUCACAACUACAGCUCCUUUUUACUUAAAUAACACAUUUAGAGACAAAUAUAAAGUGCAAAGUAAAAACAAUUUGUUUAUAAUUAAUGUCACUAUUGAUGAUUUAGGAGUUUAUUACUGUAUGAAAAUAGACCCUCCUCAAAAAUACAGCAGUGGCACGAGACUGUACAUCAUUGUGGUGGAGUGCACUGAGGAGAAUCAGACACGUUGGCAUAUUACUAUCCUCAUCUCUGCGCUGUUGAAUGUUCUUCUGAUCACUGUAAUCACAGGAUUAUUAAGGUCUUUAAUAUAUGGAACCAGAGACAAACAUUUUAAAGAGCUUCAAGUUAUGGAUUUUGAACAAUCUCAAGACUCAACACAAGUGCAGUAUGUCACAGUCGACUUUCCACGCUAUGUAAAAGGUUUCAGUCCUGCAACUCUGCACUUCUACAGCUGCCGGAAACAAGACCUGCUAUAUCCACAGACUCCAUGUAGCUCAGUCUGA